AAAAAGGAAAUCCAAAGGCAGUUUCCUGUAGAUAUGCGAUUGCGAACAAUUUCUUCAGGGUUGCCAGAUAAUAAAAAAAUGCACUAUUAAAAUUUUAUAUUUUUAUAUCAUUGGAGAUAAUUUUAUUAAAUUAAUCAAAGUUAUUUCAUUCAAAAACGUUAUCUAUAGCAGAUAUAUUUUAAUACGCUAAAUAUAUUAUUAAAAAAAUAAUGCAUGACGUUUUCUCUACAAACGUGGUAACCCGUGCCCAUGAUAUACAAAGGCCAUGACUUUUUUGACAGUUCAAAGUGCAAGAUUUUUGACAGUUCAUUUUUCUUUUUUAAAUUCGGAAGUUUUAUAUUAAAACAAUUUCACUUUAUACAAAUGAUGUUAUAUUUAAAGUCACUAUUUCACAUAAUUACUUCUACAUAAAUUUUUGCGCUCCAUCACAUUUAUUAUAAAUAUGUGAAUUUUGGGAUUAAAGUAUAACUUAUAAACAUGCAAACUUCUUUCCUAAAUAAAACUGACUCCAUACUGCAAAAUGGGCCACAAUGGUCCAAUUUGCAUUGUAGCAAAGAUGCCCUGACAGAUAUGUUCGGCUGGUUUCUACAAGUGCUUCUUGCUUGUUUAGCAUUCACAUGUCUCAUUGCAAAACGUUUUUGUGAGCCAAGAUUUGAAAGACGACCAUGGAUAAUUUGGUUUUAUGAUACUAGCAAGCAAGGUAUGGGUGCGUUAGUCAUACAUUUAGCCAAUGUUUAUUUAGCGGGUCAAUUUCAAGGAGAUCCAUGCACGUGGUACAUUAUAAACUUUUUACUGGAUUCUUCUAUUGGCCUGCUGAUUAUUUAUAUAGGAAUUCGUAUUUCACAAUACCUUGCUAGAGCAAAGAGAUGGGAGUCUAUAAAUUUUGGGGAAUAUGGAAAACCACCAUCAAUUAAUGCAUGGUUGUCACAGUGCUGUGUAUAUGUAGGACUUAUGAUAAUUGUCAAAAUUAGUAUAACACUUCUGAUACAGUUAGACUUUUGGGACAAAGUCCGGAUGUUUAUAUUGUCACCUAUAUCAAAUCCCAAAGUUGAACUUGCUGUUGUUAUGUUGGUUAUACCAUUUUUUGUAAAUAUAUUAAUGUUUUGGGUUACUGACAACUUCUUAAUGCGCCAUAGUUCGAGACGUGGUCGAAACGCUUUAGCUGAGCAAAGUCUGCUGCAAAGAGUGAAGGUUAAAUAUCGAUCUAUUAGAAAAACUAAAGAAGUAGAUUCAGAAAGUGAAGAUUUGCUAUCUGCAGAUGAGGAAUUACUGACUAGCCAUGACAAAAGUUUAAUACAGCAACGUACAUCAUUAAAUGCGAUUUUAAAUACAUAACAAAAGGCUCAGAUCGAUAUUGUUACACCAGACAUUUCAAUAGGCUGUGAGCUGUACAGUGUAUAUAUGUAAAAUAUUUAAUUUUAGGAUGUCAUUCUGUGAUUUUUAAUUGCUUUGCUUUGAAUUCUUUAUCGAAACAUUUUAAAAUCCAGUCACAUGAUUUUACCAUUUUUUUAUAUAUAACUUGGUAGUUGUUAGAAAAAAUUUCGAACUUUUCAAAUUAUUUCAAAGAUUAUAUAUUAGAUAUGAAUAUAUUAGUUGGACA